CGAAACUAGUGCCGUCUGCUCGACAUGUUUAUCUUUCUCUCCCGCUGAUUCUGUUCAGGAGGUUUUUAAAUUUAGAUUAAAUCUUUAAGGAAUUGCUUUAUUCUCCAUAAUUAUAGCAGAAUUAAACCGAUAACUGAGGGGUAGUCGCAGACUGUUAUUAUGAUGGGAAAAAAAAACAAUCAUUUGGGUUUAUUGGACUUUUUUAAGUUAAUGAAAGUAGAAAAGUAGUUUAAAGUUAAGUUAGUUUAAGUUAUUUUUGUAGAAAGUAAAGUAAAAGUGUCCUCGGCUUUUGACAUGAAGCAGAGAAGCACCUGUCAGGCGGGCGCGCGCGUGCCCGAGGUCUCUGGAUAAUGGGAAAGUCCCCUGCCUCAUGACGUAACGAGCGCGAGAAGUCUGGAAAGUGCGGAAGGAUCUUCGGUGAGGUGAUGAGGUCCGGGCAUUAGGAGUUGGAGAAGUAGCGGAUUUAAAAACUUUCUGUCUGCAAGUGUGUCGGUGGGUCCAGCGCUCCAUGAAGAGUCCCUGAGUUCCAGCAGCGAAAUAAUGUCUCUUUAAGCGGCGUCUUUCUGCUCGUGCGACAUUAAGCUCGGUCUGCUCCGCUGCUCCGCUACAGCUGAGGAAGGAUGGGGUCUACAGUUUUUUCCACAACGCUCGCCUCCAUCCAGCGCAUGGUUUGUUCUUUUGGAAAGCACGAUCGAAGCGGUCGACACGAUGGCGGCGUCGAUCCUUCGCAAGAAAACUCCCCUCAUUUCCAUGGGCGAGCUCGGCGCUCCCCCUCUCCGACAGGCUAGCCGUGGCCAAUCACGGCUUAGGUCGGGGGCGGAGCUAACGGAGAGGCAGCGCUUAAUUGGUGAUGGUCAUUCUGAUUGGAUGACAGAAAAAGUUGAUUUGUCUUCAUUUGUGUCAACGACCGAGUCUUCUCCGAGCUCAUCUCUUCCGCCCUCGCCGUUAGAACAGGAUGUCGAGGUGCCCUCGGAUCUGGAGGUUAUGACCUCCCUACUGCAGGAGGAGCUGGCUCAGCUGGAGGACUACUUCCGCUCCGAGUCCACAUCCACCACUAACAAGUUGGAAAAAUCCUCAAAAUGUGACAAGGUCUCCCAAGCCAUGGGCUCCCAGUCGUAUUACCAGUUACCCUAUGGCUCAUAUGGGACCAGCCAAUCAGAAACCAGCCCUGUGGUAGUUACCUUGGCAACAGGGGAACUGGACCUGGCCAGCUUCUGCGGCGGUCCCAUCGGCAGAACCAAAAUAGCGCGGCCGGCUCCGUACAGCUACCAUCACCGCUACCAUCACAACAAUGGGCGGCGGAUCCUGGGCGAGUCGGUGAAAGUCGGGGACGAGGUCGGUCUCGACACGUGGGGCUCCAGGGGAUGUUACUCAGGAAGCACGGAGUUUUCCGUCAACCACUACUCCACACUGAAGACGGUGAGCAAGAGCGGCAUCGGCGGCGUGAAGAAGGUGAGAGAAUGUGCUUUAUCGUUGAAGGAGGAGGAGAGCUACUGUUUUUCCGAAGGAAUGUUUUGCAGCGAAGAGAUUGCUCGAGGCUUCUGCUUGGGCGGCUCGUACGACGGCCACCACAAGCGAGAAGGACAGCUGAUGCACAACGUGAAGGUCAAUGUAAGUUACGACAGCACCGGGCUGGAGGUCCUGCACUGCAGCAAAGACGGAGGACUCUCUGGAAGUCUUCCUCAAGAGACAAUGGUGCCCGGCGACGGCUACUUCCACCAGUCCAUGGCCGGCACCGAGCCCUACCAUAGCUUUAUUGGAGACCUAGACCAGCCGCCGCAGGCACAGGCUGUGGAGCCCCAACAUGGCCACUACCUCUAUCCAGAAUGCCUUGCCGAACAAAGCUAUGAAUGUCUGUCCAGAGGGGAGGGCGAGGGGCCGCUGCUCGGCGCGCCCAUCCACCGCCCCACCCAGAGGCUAAAGGACGAGCCCUGCUCUGUGAAGCCGGCCCUGGUGAUGAGCGCCGCUUCUCUGGACUCCAGCAGCGGAGAGAGGAAGCAGAAGAAGAGAGACCAGAACAAGACCGCUGCUCACAGGUACAGGCUGCGUAAGAGGGCGGAGCUGGACUCUCUGGAGGAGGAGCUGCACGGCCUUGAGGGACAGAACCGGGAGCUACGCGACAAGGCGGAGUCUGUGGAGCGAGAGAUCCAGUAUGUCAAAGAUUUACUGAUCGAGGUGUACAAAGCUCGCAGCCAGCGGCUCAAACAGGACGGCAGCGCCUGAGAGGGCCCCCUCCCUCCCUCGCUCCCCCCCCCUUUCCCCUCCCCGGCCAGCACAGAGAGAACCACCACAUCAAGAGCACCAACCGGCACGAUUACAAGGGUAGUUGCAUGAUUCUGGUAGUUCUUAAAAAAAAACAAAGUUGCAGAGAAGUAAACAGAAAGAAACUUUUUCCUAAAGAGAGAAAAUCAAAAAGAGGAGUGCGGAAGUGGAUGAGUGAACUGAGAAAAGCCAUAGCCAGGUGGCUUCCUGAGGAGAUGCUGAACUAGUCCGUGACCACUGUGAUCCAAACCGUCCUCACAGCCUUCCCGCCGCCGCGUCCCAGCCGGCGCCCACGGAGCCACACCUGAACCCUCUCUGGACUCCUGCUAGUGAUGAAAUUUGCUCGUUUUUUUUUUUUUUGUGACACAUCAGCAGCACCAAGGCAGACUUGUACUAAAUAUAUCUCUAUUUUAUUUUUAUUCAUUUAUUUCUACCUGAUAACUUAUUGUUUGCUUCAAACAAUCAAAUGAAGAGAAAGAGGCCUGCAGGCGGAGGACGUGUGAAACACGCUUCAUGAUGUUCAUUAUGCAGACGUGUAGAGAAUCUGUAUCGCUAACAUGUUGACACACGGAGACACGAUGCAUGUUGGAUUUUGGAAAAGCAUGUGUGAGUUUUAUUUACUGCAUGGCUUCACCCCAUCAGCCUGCCACUUCCCGUCACCUCUUUCUGUCUCGGCUGUAUUUCUGCGGAUAAACAAUCGCCUCCCAUGGCAACGCUAACCUCUCUAGACUCCUGCUACCACUCCCUGAGGGAUUUUCUUGACAA